AAAACAUCCUUGCCUCCGCAGCAACAAACGGGUCGGUUGUCAUCUGGGAUUUGAACAGGCCUUCUCGUUUAAAACAAGAACAUGUUUUUGCGGAUCACAAGCGUUCCGUGAACAGGGUCAACUUUCACAGUGGAGAACACCAGCUUCUCAUCAGCGGAUCUCAAGACGGCAAUGUCAUCCUCUUCGACGUCAGGAAGAAAUCUGUUAGUUCAAGGUUCGUGGCAAAAGGAUCAGAGAGUGUACGAGAUGUUCAGUUCUGUCCAAACAGCUACUUCACAUUUGGCGCCACGUACGACAACGGCAACGUCCAGAUCUGGGACAUGCGUCGGCCUGACCGGUAUGAGAGUGUGUUCACCGCCCACUCCGGACCAGUGUUUUCCCAUGACUGGCAUCCUGAAGACAAGAACUGGAUGGCAACUGCCGGGCGAGACAAACUCAUACGGCUUCAGCAGGUGGCCCAGAUAUGGGGGUUGUUGAAGAUGAUGUUCGGGCCGACCACACAGACCCUCACGCACGUCUCGAAGCUGGUCCAGAGCUCUGGCGAUAAACAGGAUGCAGAAAAAGGCUCACUGAAGCAGAUGGGUGCAAGUAAACCCUUGGCCAAAAGCAGUAGUGAAAUGAUCGGAAAUAAAGACUCUGACAUCGAGAAGACAGCGACAGAGAUGACGUCCGGUAACAGCGAUGACUCCUCAGACUCGGAGAGUUCCGAACCACGUGAAAUGACAGACAUAGCCAGCGGUCUGGCCAGCAAACAUACCGGGGAUUUCUUCUUUGGGGAUGGAGAACAGGAUGUUCUGGGAUUCAGCAUCGACUACGUGUCACGCCUCGAGAAACCAGAGAAGGACUGGACUCUUCCUAGUGAGGCAUUCCAGCCACGUCAUGAGAUCUCAGACCGUACGACCCCUCCGGAACAGAUGGAGAGCAGACAUGACAGUUUGAUCAGCUCAGGGAAUGCCACAGAUAUUAUCACACGUACCGUGCCUUCCGAGUCGGAGGAACAAGAUUUCCUCCUGGCUGUGUCCAAAAUUCCAAAUAUGUCAUCACUGAACUCGAAGAACUGUGUAGCGCAGCUUCUCAGAGACUUUGCAGAACAGGGUGAUGUACAGACUCCAGUGUCCGUUCUUCUAGUCCUGGGAGACAGGGUGAGAUCUGUCAUAGAGGAACAAACUCAGGAAAACUGGUUCCAUUGUUACAUAGAAAUGCUUGGCAGAUAUAAACUGUGGUCGAAAGCAAAUGAAAUCAUCAAACUAAGCCACGUCCCCCAAGUGAAGUAUUUGAACCAAGAGUCCACAACUAUCAACACCCUUUGUGCCAGAUGUAACCGUGGUCUGCAGCAGAACCGAUGGCUCUGUGAGAGAUGUAGAGUGGCAGCCAACCUCUGUAGUAUAUGUCACCAUCCAGUGAAAGGCCUGUUUGCCUGGUGCCAGGGCUGCUGCCACGGGGGGCACCUGCAGCACAUGAAGGAGUGGCUGGAGACAAGCAAGUACUGCCCCACAGGCUGUGGCCACAGGUGUGAAUACUCCUGACAGGAACAGCAUGUACUGCCCCACAGGCUGUGGCCACAGGUGUGAAUACUCCUGACAGGAACAGCAUGUACUGCCCCACAGGCUGUGGCCACAGGUGUGAAUACUCCUGACAGGAACAGCAAGUACUGCCCCACAGGCUGUGGCCACAGGUGUGAAUACUCCUGACAGGAACAGCAAGUACUGCCCCACAGGCUGUGGCCACAGGUGUGAAUACUCCUGACAGGAAGAGCAAGUACUGCCCCACAGGCUGUGGCCACAGGUGUGAAUACUCCUGACAGGAACAGCAUGUACUGCCCCACAGGCUGUGGCCACAGGUGUGAAUACUCCUGACAGGAGUGAAUGCUUCAGACACCAAAUUUCGUUACUUCCCUGUCAGGAGUAUAACAAGAUCUCCCGACAGCAGGAAUAACAUGUUUAUUUGUGAUAGAACACUCCGAGACAAUCCUGACAGGAACCACGAUAAUUCUUUCCUUCCAGAAGUCUGGUGAAGAUCGUGCUAGUUAUCUGAAUGACAAAACAUCUUCAAGCAUCCUCCCAACAGGAUUCCCCAUAUCAACCCUGACCAGAGAGUAACGCGAGGAUGUUUAUGCCAUUUGAAUGCCUUCACCAGUUCCUUACACCAGUCUUGACAAAGCCACUUGGAGUGUUUCAGACAUGGACAUGUCAUAUGCUGAUCUCAGUCUUACCUCACAGCAGAACUCCAUCUAUCAUUUUAACUUCAUCUGUGGAACCAUAGACAUAUCAUCCUAGGUGGCAGAGGUUAGCUUCGUAAUCAGAGGACCUGGGUUAAUAUGUCCUCAUUUGCAUCUACCGUAUUUCCUCUAAUAAGCACCCAGGCACUUUUUUCAACGGACUUCCAG